AUGAGGGUUAAGGAGGCGAGGCAUGGGGAGAUGAGGGAUAAGGAGGCGAGGCAUGGGGAGAUGAGGGAUAAGGAGGCGAGGCACGGGGAGAUGAGGGAUAAGGAGGCGAGGCAUGGGGAGAUGAGGGAUAAGGAGGCGAGGCAUGGGGAGAUGAGGGAUAAGGAGGCGAGGCAUGGGGAGAUGAGGGAUAAGGAGGCGAGGCAUGGGGAGAUGAGGGAUAAGGAGGCGAGGCAUGGGGAGAUGAGGGAUAAGGAGGCGAGGCAUGGGGAGAUGAGGGAUAAGGAGGCGAGGCAUGGGGAGAUGAGGGAUAAGGAGGCGAGGGAUGGGGAGAUGAGGGAUAAGGAGGCGAGGCAUGGGGAGAUGAGGGAUAAGGAGGCGAGGCAUGGGGAGAUGAGGGAUAAGGAGGCGAGGCAUGGGGAGAUGAGGGAUGGGGAGGUGAGGGAUGGGGAGAUGUGGGAUGGGGAGGUGAGGGAUGGGGAGGCGGGGCAUGGGGAGGUGAGGGAUGGGGAGGUGAGGCGAUGGGAGAUGAGGGAUGGGGAGAUGAGGGAUGGGGAGAUGAGGGAUGGGGAGAUGAGGGAUGGGGAGAUGAGGGAUGGGGAGAUGAGGGAUGAGGAGGUGAGGGAUGGGGAGAUGAGGGAUGGGGAGAUGAGGGAUGGGGAGAUGAGGGAUGAGGAGGUGAGGGAUGGGGAGAUGAGGGAUGGGGAGAUGAGGGAUGGCGCUGCACCUGGAAAUAAACCGCUGCCUUGUCGUACGCUGCAUGCGCUGACUCUAACUCUAGCCUGA